AGGGGACAUAAAUAAAUAAAUAAUUCCAUUCACCGGGUGACAGCGUGGUGAACCGGCUGCAGCGCUGGGCGAGGGGGGGCAGGAAGUGGAGAACUGCGGCGCCCACCCGGUGCCAGAAUCAGGAGUAAGUCUUAGGAUGUGAUGCUUUCCUGUGAAGCCUUAGAUAAAAGGAUCUGGGAACCAAAGGACUCUAGGGCAUGCCGUGCCAAUAGAGCUUCUUGAGAAUUCAGAAUCUGCUCUACCUCUCUUCCUUUGUAUUGCCUUUGAAUAUUACACUUCAAUGUGAAGUGACUAGGCUUAAAAAUUCCACAUACAACCCAAAGAAAUCUGUUCAAGUGGACAUCUGUCAACAGGUAACUUGAAUUUCCAUCUGCGGAAAUGCCACCUCCGCCCACCUCUCCGCCCCUCCACAGCCCUCCCGAUGGAGGCUGGGGCUGGGUUGUGGUUGGAGCAUCUUUCAUCUGCAUUGGAUUCUCAUAUGCCUUUCCCAAGGCGGUCACAGUAUUCUUCAAAGACAUUCAGGGAAUCUUCCAUGCCUCCUACAGCGAGAUCGCGUGGAUCUCGUCCAUCAUGCUGGCCGUUAUGUAUGCGGGAGGUCCCAUCAGUAGCAUUUUGGUGAAUAAAUAUGGCAGCCGGCCAGUGGUGAUAGUUGGAGGUUUAUUAUGCUGUUUGGGAAUGGUGCUGGCUUCCUUCUGUAACAGUGUAAUACAGCUUUACCUCACCGUGGGCUUCAUCGGAGGUUUAGGUUUAGCCUUCAACCUGCAACCGGCCUUGACAAUAAUUGGCAAAUAUUUCUAUAUGAAACGACCUAUUGCAAAUGGGCUGGCCAUGGCCGGAAGUCCUGUUUUCUUAAGUACAUUGGCUCCUUUCAAUCAGUUCCUUUCUAAUACUUACGGUUGGAAGGGCGGCUUCUUGAUUUUAGCAGCUAUAUUUUUGCAUGCCUGUGUGGCUGGGGCUCUUAUGAGGCCCAUUGGCCCCAAACAAACUAAGCCCAAAAAUAAGACUGACAUAAGCAAAGAAGAUCCAAGUAUGCAGAAGACCAAAACAAAGAAAUCAGCAAGUGAAAAAAUCAAUAAAUACUUAGACUUAUCGCUGUUCAAGCACCGAGGAUUUUUGAUAUAUUUAUCUGGAAAUGUUAUUAUGUUUCUGGGAUUUUUUGCUCCCGUUAUCUUCUUGGCUCCCUAUGCGAAAGACAGGGGAAUAGAUGAGUACUCAGCUGCAUUUCUGCUGUCUGUGAUGGCUUUUGUGGAUAUGUUUGCUCGUCCUCUUGGAGGGUUGAUUGCAAACUCCAAAUUGGUCCGACCCCGGAUCCAGUACUUCUUAAGUUUAGCGGUCAUGUUCAACGGCUUAUGCCAUCUCCUGUGCCCGCUGGCCCAGUCCUACACCACUCUAGUGCUCUAUGCCGUGUUUUUUGGCUACGGAUUUGGAAGUGUUAGUAGCGUUCUCUUUGAAACUCUCAUGGACCUCGUGGGUGCGACCAAGUUUUCCAGUGCUGUGGGACUGACCACCAUUAUAGAAUGUGGCCCAGUUCUGCUUGGCCCUCCUAUUGCUGGUAAGUUGGUGGAUAUAACUGGAGACUAUAAAUACAUGUAUAUAGCCAGCGGUGCCAUCGUGUUAAUUGCAAGCUUAUGGCUACUCAUUGGCAAUGCCAUCAACUACAGACUUCUUGAUAAGGAAAGGAAGAAGGAACUGGAAAGGAAGAAGACAAAUACUCCUGAGUCCAGAGAGACUGAGCCCUUGAGCAAAGCUCCACAAGAUGAAGUUACCGUCAAAAUUUCCAAACCAGGGAAUGUUCUGCCAGAAAGAGAAACUAAUAUCUAAUAAGAAUCACCUCUCUGAUUUUUCUGUUUAUAGGAGUUUGUUUUUCUUUUUUAAACUAUUGGAAAGAUUUUUUUUUGCAUGUGUGGAAACAGGAGUCACAAGAACAGAAUGACAACUAUAAAUUAAAAAAAAAUACUUGGGCAGUUCAGUUUUGAGAUUAUCUACACAAAGAAUUCAUGAAGUGCAUCAUUGCCAUUCCUUGAUGCACGAUGUGGCAGUUAAAAGAAGAAUUUGAACAUCUUUCAGUAAUUUCCAUUGCUGGUUAUAGAAAGAUCUGGAUCCAAAACCCCUGGGCAAUUAGUUCAAAUUAGGUUUAAUCUCAUAUAAUAAACCUCUUCACAGUUCAGUUUUUAGUUGACAUAAAAAACGUGAAAUAGAAUUGAGAGGAAUUAUUUCUUUCAUCAUACACACACACACACACACACACACACACACACACACACACACACACACACACCCUAUUACACAAAUAUGUGAACAGAUCAUUUGUAAAAACGAGAUAAAUGAAUUAAAAAAAUUACCAUUGUCAUUUUCUAGGUGAAACAAAAUCCAAGGAUACAAAAGAAACACAUUUGUAUGCAGUUUUACAAUGUGGAUUUUAAAGAUCUGCACAUAAAUUAUAGCACAGGUGAUUCUAUAAAAAGAAAAUUUGCAUAAAUAGGCGGGAGUAAAAUAAUAAGUAGAUCCAUUCCUGUACCAUCAUUUCUGAGCACUUUAAGACCCAAUGGAUCCACGCACACUAUUUCCUUGAGUAUCACCUUUAGUAGUCAGUGCUAGAGACCAGAACCAACCCCAAGUCGUCACUUACCUAAUGUCACUUACCUAAUGUGCUAAUCAAAUUAACAAGUCUGAAUGACCUCUAGCAUUGAACUGUAUCUACUGACUAGAAAAAAAUGAUAGUGCUUAAUCUAGAAAAUAAUUUUAAAAAAUAACCUUCUUUCUUUUUCUUUUAACUACUGUCUCUUUUAACUAGUCCUCAAUCCAGAUUCAAUGUUGCACUGAAAUACCAAGAGAAUAAACUUGAAUUAUAGUAAGACAGGUUUAUAAAUAGACCAAAUCCUGUUUGUUCCCACACAUAGCAGUGAUGCAGUUACUGUUAUGAAUGGUAAUACAUACAAGUUCAGCUGAUAAAGGAUGUUUUCUUUUUCUUUUUGAGCGAGCUUAGAGUUUGCUCAGCUUCCUUCCUCCCUUCCCUAGAAAGCAAAAACCGAAAACAAACUACAAGCAGGCCUUUUACUCAGCCACUUAAGAUGCCUAGCCUUUCAGGAACGGCAACAUUUGAAAAUUCUGCCCUCUACUGGCGAUACUUCCCUCUGCCUGAGAGCAUAGCCAGGCAACUGAAAAAGGCUUCUAGAAAUUAUGGCUGUUUAUGUGACUUGGCAUGGAUAGUAAGGAGCUUCAAAUAUGGCAACCCAGGAUAAUUUAGCAGUUACUUAUUUCUUAACUACACGAAACCAUCUGGAAAUUGGAAUCUUUCGAAUACUUGACUGGUCCUGGCUUUGAAAACUUAUAAAUACCAUAAGCAAAAUUACCAAUAUUUAUACCUACGAAUCCGAAGUUUAAUAUUAUGAUGAAUAAAAAGCACCUAGUGCUUUCUGAAGUGAUAUUACUCUUACGAUAGCCAACAAACUCUGCUGUUCAUUUUUUUUCUUUUACAGUAUAGUAGAAGCAGGAACUAUUCUUAUUUAUCAUGAGAUUAUACCUGGGUACCAAACUUUUGCAAUAGUUAACGUAAAGGAUUUUAUUUUGAUUCACAAAAGUUAUGCACUAUCUAUGUUGCUGAUAUUUAAGAAGCAAUAUAAGAUAUAUAACAUUCAUAUAAAAUACAAGUUUUUUUCAUUUAACAUUUGCUUAUUUUGCGUAUGAAAGGAUGUUUGUAUUUUUUAAGUAAUAAAAUAAGAUGUGCCAAUAUCAUAAGUAAAUGAAUCAGGAAAAAUAGGA